ACCAAGAGCAGAUAGCUCCAAGCCAAAAGAAGACAUGAAUUCGUGUGGCCUAUAGCUUUUCAUUUCCAGCAUUAUCAGCAUUUCCAUAUGCAUCUCUGUAAUGCAUCUGUACCAUGAAAAUUGAUUAAAAACAGAUAAGAAAACCAGAAGCAGAGCUCUAAAAAUGAGCUGCUCACUGAGCUUUCAUAUCCCAAAGGCCUUGCCUUCUCUUUCUGCACCUCAAUGCAGAUGUCUAUCUAUUUCGUCUCAACAAAAACAGUCCAGCAAUUCAAAGCUACACAAGAAAAUUUCGAGCUUGGGCGAUAAGGCGAUUGCAUACUUCUCCGCAAAUAAAACCAAUCUGAGCAUACAGGCUGCAACACUUUUGGCCACCGUUGCUCAGCCAGCUCUUGCUGUAACUGGUGUAAAUGAGGACGAUGAUCUUAUAUCGGUUUUGAUUGCAUUAGGCAUUUCAGCCUUCUUCUAUUUUCUUGUUGCCCCGCCUAUCAUCAUGAAUUGGCUUAGGAUAAGAUGGUACAGGAGGAAUGUUUACGAGAUGUAUCUGCAGUUCAUGUUUGUCUUCCUGUUCUUUCCAGGAUUACUGCUAUGGGCACCGUUUCUGAACUUCAGAAAGUUUCCAAGAGAUCCAGACAUGAAGUAUCCCUGGUCAACACCUAAAGAUCCUUCCAAAAUUAAGAAUGAUUACCUCAAGUAUCCCUGGGCAACACUUGAAGAUUAUGAUAAUUAUUAAGAAAUGUUCGUGUCAGUUCCAACUUCCAAGUCUGUAUAGGUAUAUUAACAAAAAAUUGUAUCGUUCAACUUGCGAGGCUCUGUGCCCUUUUAGUAUCGAUGAAUAUACGCUAUCCAACAUUAGAGUUAAUUAAGAUGUAUAAUGGUUUUGUACAAAAUAUUACUAUGAAAUUGAAUCCAAUGUUGGGCUA